AUGGAUGAUGAUAAAAGUUGUUCAAGCUCAUUUUCAACCGGGAAGAGUGCACAAGAGAGGGGCUUGUCAUAUGUACCCGGGUGCUAUGUAAUUCCAACUUCACAUCGUCCAAGUUUGACUCCAGACGUUGCCAAUGUCCCCAUUAUUGAUUUUGGCAAAUUAAAACAAGGUUCUCAUGAACGAGCAAUAAUUGUCAACCAUGGAAUCUGUCAAUCGGUGUUAGAUGAGGCUCUUGCUUCGGCCUCAGAAUUUUUCAAGUUGCCAGGUUCUGAGAAGGCCAAGUUCAUGUCUAAUGAUGUUCACAAGCCAGUGAGGUAUGGGACAAGCUUCAAGGAUGGAACUGAUAAGAUUCAAUUUUGGAGGGUGUUUCUCAAGCAUUAUGCUCACCCCUUGGCAGACUGGAUCAAUACCUGGCCUAACAAUCCAUCUAACUAUAGGGAAACCAUGGGAAAGUAUUGCAAAGAAGUGAAGAAACCAAGCUUGGAGACAACAGAAGCCAUCACUGAGAGCUUGGGGAUAGGCCCAACCUACAUGAGCAACAAACUGGAAGAUGGGUUGCAAGUCAUUACAGUCAACUGUUACCCACCAUGCCCAAAUCCUGAAAUUGCACUAGGGUUGCCUCCUCAUUCAGACUAUAGCUGCUUAACCAUUGUCCUUCAGAGCUGUCCGGGGCUCGAAAUCAUGCACGCUGAGGAAGGAGCCUGGAAACAAGUCCCCCAACUUCAUGGUGCCCUACAAGUCCAUGUGGGUGACCAUUUUGAGGUGCUAAGCAAUGGGUUGUACAAGAGCGUUGUGCACAGGACCACAUUGAACCGUGAGAGGACAAGAAUCUCCAUUGCAAGUCUGCAUAGUUUGGGAUUGGAUGAGAAGAUGGGGACUGCCAAGGAGCUUGUGGAUGAGGAGCAUCCUGGGAGGUACAAAGAGAGCAGCUUCAAAGAUUUUCUGAAUUUUCUCUCCACCAAUGAUCUAGCAGAGGGGAAGAGCUUCAUUAACACACUCAAAAUAUAG